GUUUCGACAUGCCCAAAGCUUCCAACGUCUGUUUGGAACUGUAGACUUCCUAAAUGGCACUGCAGAUGGUUUGAUCACGAAUCCCGUAUCCGCCUUGCUCUAAAUCCUAGGUGCCCAAGUGCCUGGAUGUAAGCUCUGAAUAUUAAGUGCUGACAGGAACGACAAAUCGUCUCAUUAGACCACCACGGCAAUCACUACAUAUCUCACCGAACUGCACCGAACUCGUCACUCAACUGCUGGACAUUUGGAUAGAAGACUACCGUCUUCAUUAUCGAAAGAGAGCUCCGCUGGAUCUUCAAUUGAGCCGCCCACCCAGCACCAACGUCCCUGAUUCCGUGUCAAGCACAAUGUCGAUCUCAACACCAAUAACCCAGCUUCUGGGUAUCCAGCACCCAAUUCUGCUGGCGGGGAUGGGUCAAACAUCAGGUGCCCCUCUAGCCGCAGCAGUGUCGAAUGCCGGCGGUCUUGGUGUGAUCGGCGGAGUCGGAUAUACGCCUCAGAUGCUGAGGGACAUGAUCGAUGAAUUGAAGGCUGAUCUACGAGACCCGGCUCUCCCCUUCGGUGUUGAUCUGUUGAUCCCACAAGUUGGCGGAUCCGCGCGCAAGACGAAUCUUGACUACACCAAAGGCACGCUCGACGAAUUGAUCGACAUCAUCAUCGCUGGCGGGGCGAAGCUCUUCGUCUCCGCCGUCGGCGUCGCGCCGAGACACGUCGUCGACAAGCUGCAUGCCAAUGGGAUCCUGUACAUGAACAUGAUCGGACACCCCAAGCACGUUCACAAGGCGUGUGCGGCUGGAGCGGACAUCAUCUGUGCGCAGGGUGCUGAGGCAGGUGGGCACACUGGGGAAACGCCGACGAGUGUUCUUAUUCCCGCCUGCGCCGAUCUGGUCAAGAAGUACAAAUCGCCCUUGACGGGCCAACCGGUGCAACUCGUCGCGGCAGGUGGGAUUUACGACGGUCGCGGCAUUGCAGCGAGUCUGAUGCUCGGCGCAUCAGCCGUGUGGGUGGGCACGCGUUUUGUCACGGCCAAAGAAUCUGGCGCGCCCGAGGCUGCCAAGAGGGCCAUCAUCGGAGCAGACUUUGAUUCGACGAUCAAGUCGACCAUCUGGACCGGCCGGCCUCUACGCGCGCUCGCAACGCCCUACGUGCGCAACUGGGAGACGAACCGACAGGACGAAAUCAAGAGCCUGCAAGCCAAGGGUGUUAUCCCACUGUAUCACGAGAUGGACAAGCUGGAAAAAGUCGGCGGCAUUACGGAGGAGAUUGAGGACCAGUCGACGUUGAGGCCUAUGGGUGUUGUCUCGGCUAUGGUGAACACCCCGAAUCAAUCGGCUGCCAAGAUUGUCAAGGAGAUGAUGGAUGAGGCUGUCCGGGCGCUUGGUGCUGCGUCGGAUUUCUUGCGGCCUGCAUCCAAGCUCUAGGCUAUGAUUUUGCGCAGCAGAACCCUGGAUUGGGUAUCGACCACCAUGUCGUCCAGACUCGCUGCCACUCGGAGCCUUCUUGACUAUGUGCCUCCGAACCAUGCCGUGCGUAUGGGAUAAUCUCGAGGCGGCUGGACUUGCGUGCGUGCUUGUACAGAUGAUGGUGAAGAGAUGACCCGUGUCUCUCACACCUCAUUUUGUGGCACAGCAACACAUAUACACUCGACCUCACUUCGCGCUAACUUGCAAUUCCAUCACAUUGCGCG